AUGGCAAUCCCAAAGCAGAUCCCGAAGCGCAUCGCCGUGAUAGGCGGCACUGCUUAUACGCCAAAGACAUCCAUCGUGGGCGACCCCUUUGAUCAGAAGUCGUGGCACGGACCACAAGUCUCAUCAGCGCAGUACGAGAAGAUCUUGGCAUUCGCUCGGUCUGCCCGCGAUGAGGGAGCUACUAUUCUUGCUGGUGGGAAGACUGCCGACAACAGACCUCUGGGUAAGGGCUACUACAUCGAGCCCACACUUGUUGAUGACAACAAACCAUCUAUGAAGGUGGACCGAGAAGAGACUUUCGGGCCAUUUGGUGUUAUAUCAACGUUUUCCUCGGAGGAUGCGGUCGUGGUAUUAGCUAAUGGUACUGAGUACGGACUUGCCGCUGCUCUGUUCACGGCCGAUAUUACGAGAGCGACCCGAGUGUCGCUUGCCCUACAAGCCGGAAAUGUCUGGAUUGACUCUAGCAACAACUCAGAUUUUCGGGUCACAUUUGACGGUCUAAAGCAGUCAGGUGUCGGCCGUGAGCUAGGUGAGGCUGCUUUGGAGGCAUAUUCCACCAUCAAGGCCGUUCAUGUUGCCUUAGUACUGGCCAAACCUGAUAUCUAG